AUGCAUCUUAAUUGGUUACUUGUUACGUGUUUAAUUGUUCUUUUGUCUGUUGGCUUGACAACAAGAACAGUUGAUGCAAGCAAAAAAUCGAAGGAAGAAAGUGAAGAAGAAGAAGAAUCAACCUCAACAGAUUCGGAUACGGAUUCGGAUGAUGAUGAUAAAAAAGUAACGUUCAUCCCACGUGAAAGAGCUUCGAUUUUUCUCUCCUACAAUGAAUGUAUACGACGAAUGAAUUGUGGUAAAUUACGCAAAGAAGAAUGCGGCGAAGAAUGUGCUGAUGGUAAUACCGAAGAAGAAAUGGAAGAAUAUACUGAAAUGUUUGAACAUAUUGAAGAAUAUCGAUCAGAUUUAAAAAAGAAAUCAUCAAAAAAAUCAAAUAAAAAAAAAUUAUCAUCCGAUAGUGAUGAUAGUUCAACAGACACAACAUCAACAACAGAUAAUGAAAGUGAUCCAAGUAGUGAAGAAGAAGAUGCACCAAAUGAUAAAAAUAAAAAAUCAAAAUCAACAAAAAAAAAUUAA